UGGGUUUUGGGUGGGGGAGGCUGAAGGCUUUGAAGCGGCAAAGUGAGAAUUAAAUUUGGGUUCUAGGAGGAAUAAUGAGUCCUGUGUGGUGUAAAAAGGAUGGGGAGAGGCUGAAGGAGAGACAUUGAUUUUGUUAAAAGGUACCAAGUCCCUGACUGGGGACAGUGGCAGUAGAAAUGCUAGAGAAGAAGCAUAAAAUGGGGCAUUCAUUGCCUCAGUGUCUGCCCUUAACCUCUGGUACCUCUGCCAGCCAGGGCCCAUGCUGAGUCCUGUCUGCAUGUGGCUCUGUCCCAAGUAAGCCGGUAUACCAGGCAGAGCUACUGCCCUCUGGGGCCUCUCUUCCAGGAGGGUAGACUGUGCCCAAAGUGGGGUGACCACAUCCUAGAUUUCAUCCCCUGCCUGUCUCCCUGGGUUUUCACUGAGGCCUGAAAGCAAGUGGACGGUACCGCUUCAAGGGUUGCCAGACUUAGCAAAUAACAAAUACAGGAUGCCAGCUAAGUUGGAAUUUCAGAUGAACUGCGUGAUAAUGUUUUAGCAUAAGUUUUAGUGUGAGUAUAUCCCGUGCAGUAUUUGGGACAUAUUUACACUAAACUAUUAUUGUUUAUCUGAAAUUCCAGUUGAACUGGUGUCUCUCCUCACACCCUCCUCUGCUUCUGGCCCUGGGCUCAGCUUCCUCCUUUCACAGAAGUUUCCCCUCUCCCCGUUUUGCAUCCGCUCCCUCCUGGGUUAGCCUCUGGUGGGUCAGAAGAGUCAGGGUAUGUGCUGCGCAGGAGAGGGGUGGGCGGAAGAGUUUGGGGGAUGGAUGUCCCAACUCAGGUGCUGGGGCUUGGUCCCAGUGUGCAGCCUGAGGAUGCAGCUUUCUGUCUAAUCUGACUGGGGACCCAAGGAGAAGGUAUUCAAAUGUCACGGGACAGGAGAGUAUCGGGCCUUCUGGAGCCUUCUAGGAUGCACCUGGGGCCAGGAGAUGAUAUCCCUGAAGUCCCCUCUUGCACCUCACCUCCUCAUCCGCCUUCCAGGGCCACUCCUACCUCACUCGCCCACAGAGGUACAGGGUGCUCUUGGAACUGAUGCAUGCUGUGUCUCUAAGUUCAUUCUCUUCCUUUGCAUAAAACACCGCCCUGCCUUUGUCACCCACUGGCACCUGCCCUGAGAGGUCUGCUCUUCCUCUUCUCUCUUCCCCCGUCCCAGCCUGGGUCAGGGAUCCCUCUUCUGGGUUCCCAAAGCAGACCUCUCUCAUAACCCUCCCCACACUUGAUUGACUCCGCUUCCUCACUGUUACCUGUGUGUCUUUCCCAUGAAAAUGUGUACUUCCUGAGGACAAGGACCUGCGCCUUCAUCAGUGCCCUUGGUGCCUCACAGCGGCUCAGGCAAGGGCACUCCGUAUCAACCCCCCAGUGCACAUACCCAGACUUCACACGUUUCCUCUGCAAAAAGAAACCUAUCAAAAGUCCCAGCACCUUCCUUAUGAGCAGCCUAGUAAGGCCUGAGUGUUAGGUGUGGGUCCUGUGGACUUUGCUCCCCACCCUCCAGACCCAGGCUGUCAGUGCUAUUCCCUCCACACUCUUCCCACACAAGCUGCUGAGCCUUUUGGAACCUUCUUCCUCACUGGCAUCAAAUGCCCUCUGUCAAGCCAUUUGUUGUGUUGUUGCUAGGGACAAAGAGAAUGAAUUAAGAGAACUGCACAGAUUUCCCAUCCCCUCCAGGGACUCCCACUCUAAGAGACCCUGACCUGGACACACAUAGUAAGCAGAAACGGACAGUACAUUCUGUCAGGGGGUAAGUGGCUCUGGGGUCCUCCACUGGGCAGGGCAUGGGAGAGGAGCCUUGGGGUGUCUUGUCUAUUAUACGCAGGGCAGAGGAGAUUGAGACAAGGGAAGUUUGGCAGGAGGCCAAAAGGACAGAUGGCAAGUCCCCAGGUUAGUCAGGACAUAAAUAGCCCCCACUCUGCAGAUGCUCCUUGGUGAGACUACUGGGGACACGUGGGGCUGAGAGGGCGGGGCUCUUCAGAAUGGUUCUCAUAGGAGUGGCUUCCCAAGCCACUGACCAGGGUGGUCCAAGGAGCAGCUCGGGGAGGAGACCACAGUCAUUCUCUGAGCCAGCAGCCCAAAGAGAUGCCUGGUCACCUGAGCUUCCAGCUUCAAAGCAGCAGCCUUCCUUUCGUGUUUGUCCUCAGAUCUUCGGGGCCUAAGUCUCCCGGGCCCUGGCCCAGAGCCCCAGCUGUGCUUGCGGGCAGGUACCUGAAGGAGUUCCGCACGGAGCAGUGCCCACUCUUUGUGCAGCACAAAUGCACUCAGCAUCGGCCCUAUACCUGCUUCCACUGGCACUUCGUGAACCAGCGGCGCCGCCGGUCCAUCCGCCGCCGGGACGGCACCUUCAACUACAGCCCCGACGUCUACUGCACCAAAUACGACGAGGCGACGGGCCUCUGCCCGGAGGGCGACGAGUGCCCGUUCCUACACAGGACCACAGGGGACACUGAGCGCAGGUACCACCUACGCUACUACAAAACUGGAAUCUGCAUCCACGAGACAGACUCCAAAGGCAACUGCACCAAAAACGGCCUACACUGCGCUUUCGCCCACGGGCCCCAUGAUCUCCGCUCCCCUGUCUACGAUAUCAGGGAGCUCCAGGCCAUGGAGGCCUUGCAGAAUGGCCAGACCACAGUAGAGGGCAGCAUUGAGGGCCAGUCGGCUGGGGCUGCGAGCCAUGCCAUGAUAGAGAAGAUCCUUAGCGAGGAGCCACGGUGGCAAGAGACUACUUAUGUGCUGGGGAACUAUAAGACGGAGCCGUGCAAGAAGCCCCCGCGGCUGUGCCGCCAGGGCUAUGCCUGUCCCUACUACCACAACAGCAAGGACCGGCGGCGGAGUCCCCGGAAGCACAAAUACAGGUCAUCUCCGUGUCCAAAUGUGAAACACGGGGACGAGUGGGGAGACCCUGGCAAGUGUGAGAAUGGAGAUGCCUGCCAGUAUUGCCACACCCGCACGGAGCAGCAGUUCCACCCAGAGAUCUACAAAUCCACCAAGUGCAACGACAUGCAGCAGUCGGGUAGCUGUCCUCGCGGACCCUUCUGCGCCUUUGCCCAUGUAGAACAGCCACCCCUAAGUGAUGACCUGCAGCCUUCUUCAGCUGUAUCCAGCCCCACCCAGCCGGGUCCCGUCCUGUACAUGCCGUCUGCUGCCGGAGACUCGGUGCCUGUGAGCCCCUCCAGCCCGCACGCCCCUGACCUCAGCACCCUGCUCUGUAGAAACAGCAGCCUGGGCAGCCCAUCGAACCUCUGCGGCUCUCCGCCGGGCUCCAUCAGGAAGCCCCCCAACCUGGAGGGCAUUGUCUUCCCUGGGGAGCCCAGCCUUGCCCCCAGCAGCUACAAGAAGGCUCCUGGCUUCGAGAGGGAAGACCAGGUGGGAGCUGAGUACCUGAAAAAUUUCAAAUGCCAGGCCAAAAUAAAAUCCCAUUCCCUAGAGCCCAGAAGUCAAGAGCAGCCUCUGCUACAGCCCAAACAGGACGUGCUGGGCCUCCUCCCCGUGGGCAGCCCCCUGACCUCAAGCAUCUCUUCUAGCAUCACGUCCAGCCUGGCAGCUACUCCCCCUAGCCCUGUGGGCACCAGCAGCAUCCCUGGCAUGAAUGCAAACGCACUGCCCUUCUACCCCACCAGCGACACGGUAGAGUCGGUCAUAGAGUCAGCCCUGGAUGACCUGGACCUGAACGAGUUUGGGGUGGCCGCCCUGGAGAAGACUUUUGAUAGCAGCACAGUGCCCCACCCGGGCAGCAUCACAAUCGGCGGCAGUUUGCUGCAGAGUUCUGCACCUGUGAACAUCCCUGGCUCCCUGGGCAGCUCUGCCUCCUUCCACUCAGCGUCCCCGUCCCCUCCUGUCAGUCUCUCCUCACAUUUCCUGCAGCAGCCCCAGAGCCACCUGAGCCAGUCAGAAAACACGUUUUUGGGGACCUCAGCAUCACAUGGAUCUUUGGGUCUGAACGGGAUGAACAGCAGCAUCUGGGAGCACUUUGCCUCUGGAAGCUUCUCCCCAGGCACAUCUCCUGCCUUCCUGUCAGGCCCGGGGGCUGCAGAGCUGGCCCGGCUUCGGCAAGAGCUAGAGGAAGCCAACUGCACCAUCAAGCAGUGGGAGGAGUCCUGGAAGCAAGCCAAGCAGGCUUGUGAUGCCUGGAAGAAGGAGGCAGAGGAGGCCAGCGAGCGGGCCAGUGCGGCUGGCGCCGAGUGCGAGCUGGCCCGGGAGCAGCGCGAUGCGCUGGAGGUGCAGGUGAAGAAACUGCAGGAGGAGCUGGAGCGGCUGCACGCGGGGCCUGACCCACCGGCCCUGCCCGCCUUCUCCGACCUGGAGGCCCUCUCGCUCUCCACCCUCUAUUCCCUCCAGAAGCAGCUGCGGGCCCACCUGGAGCAAGUGGACAAGGCCGUGUUCCACGUGCAGUCGGUGAAAUGCCUUAAGUGUCAAGAGCAGAGCCGGGCGGUGCUGCCAUGCCAACAUGCUGUGCUGUGCGAGCUGUGUGCUGAGGGUGGCGAGUGUCCUGUCUGCCAGCCCGGCCGGGCCCACACCCUGCAGUCGUGACCCCGCGCCUGGCCGCUCGGCCCGCUGCUCACCUAGGACUUUUUAAAGUAUAUAUAGAUAUAUAUAUGUAUGUAUGUAUGUAUAUGUAUAUGAUUCUGUAUAUGUAUACAUCCUGUAUGUGUGCGGGUAUGCGUGGGCAGCCAGCGUGUGAACAGUGUCUGUGUGUAUAUCUGUACAUAGAUAUAGACACACACUUUAAAACCGACUUACCAAGCACUUUUUAAAAGAAAAACUAUUUUGCAGUCCCCCCUUGUGCCCGCCCCUGCCCUUCCCACUGCAGAGACAAAGCCCCCCCCCACCCCCCUGCCCUUUGGCAGGGAAUCUGUUUGUGUCUCUUUUUUAUGUAGGAACUAACUAUUUUUAACUUCUUCCUGGGUCUGAGCAGGGAAGGGUAGGAGGCUGGAAGGGCCGGGGGUGGGGAGAAGCCUUCAGGGCAGGCCCUGCUCACCCACCCCCUAGGCCAGGGGAGCAGAGCUGGUGUGGAGGACUUGGUUCCCCAGGAGCAGACCCGAAUCCCAGCUGUGAGGGCCACAAGGGGACGUAGGGGAUGCACUGGGACACACCAGCCUAGCUCAUGGGCUUUUUACCAAAUGUGUAUUUCAUUCUAAGGAGAGUUGGCAGGGGCUGGCGGGCCAAGGCUGCAGGGCCGACUCCUCUCCCAACACCUGGGCCUGAGGCUCUUGGAGGGGCAGGGCCCCGAGUUCUGUCCCUCAGGUUCCUGAGGCCUGGGGUCACCCUCGGUCCUCUCCCUGCACCCCCCAGGUCCCCAGGGCCACCUAGCAGGCUGGCAGUGCCCUCUGGCCCCCAGCCGUCCCUUCCCUCCCCCCCACCUGCUGUCCACCCCUCCCUCUGGCAGCUAGCAGGGCAGUUGGUGGGAGGGGCUGCAGCCUGGCCCAGGAAGGAGGGCCCGCGUGCAUUCCUUGGUGCUCUCUGAGUGCAGCUGACGUCCUGCCCGGCCCAGGGCGGACGCCUGUGUGCAUGUGUGUGCGUGCCUGUCCACUGUAUGGUGUGUCUUAGCUUCCAUUUUUAAAUUGUCAUGUAUAGAGAGGUGCCGUGGGGCGGGAGGGCAGGGCGGGAGGAAGGCGGUGACCCCGCUCCCAGCACUGGUGUCUGGAGCAAGGGGGCUGGGAAGGGUCUGGCCCCAGCCCAGGCCCCCCCUUGGGCUCAGCAGGAAAGGGCUUUCAAUGAAUUAAGUGAAAACUUUCUCUUUUUUUACGAAAAUGCAAAAAUCAACAAAGCUCCAAACCUAUUGGGAAUAAAAAUAUGAACUUGCAGUGGUAGCUCAUUUCCAUGGGGUCAGGGGGUAGGCUGAGGAGGGCCUCUGAGCUAGGAGCUAGGCCAGCAGCUUCCAGCCUUACCGGAGUCCCGGAGCCCAGCCUUAGCCUCAGAAACCCUACAAGCCCCCACCCCUGGGAUGUGCCUAGCUGCUGAGGAGAGGUCUCGAGGCUCCCUGGGCCCCUCUAGGCUCCAAGGUGGCUCCAGAGCCCUAGAGGCAGCUCACCACUGGGGCUGGGGGGCGCACAGAGAUCUCCCAGGCCCGGGACUCUUCUUGGGCCUGCUCUCUCCAGCUGUGAGGUUUCCCACAAGGCCUCACUGUUUCUCAGAGGAACAGGGUUUGGUGUGUGUGGUAAGUAUAUAAGAAAACGUUUGCCAUUUCAGCAUUGUUUCUAUGUACAAUUCGGUGAAAUUAAUUACGUUCAUGUGCAACCAUCACCACUGUCCAUUUCCAGAUUUUUCAGUCAUCCUUAACAGAAGCUCAGUGUCCCUAAGGAGGACAGUGGAUUUUUAUUUACUUUUUUCUAAUUAUUUUAUUUGCUAAUCUAUUUAUGGAUAGGUUAUUUGCUGAUCUGUUGUUUCCGGUGUCGGGUACUGCCCUAGGGAUACACAGCUAGCCAAGCUUCCUUUCUGCUCUGCCCUCAGUGCCAGCCCACUGCCUGUAGCUCUCACUCGGCUCCAGGCUCCUCAGCCAGGGUGCCAGAAGCACCCCUCAGUGACGCCACCACCCUGGGGGGCUCCACUCAGGCAGCUGCAGGGUGGGCCCCUCCCACAGGAGGAUCUGAGCCACAGCCAGUAAGCCUGGGUGGGGGGCUGAAGAACAGGACCAGGGAGCUUGCACCCCCACCCCCAAGACCCUGCUCUGCUGGAGCAGAUUUUCCAAAAGGGGAAAGGGGCACAGCUGCCUCCCCUUCUGGGGCUGGAGGGAGUAUAGAUUUUUCUAAUGGCGGCCCAUCUACGGGGCCUUGUUCUGUCUGGCAGGAGGGCGGGCCAGGGGGGUCUGCAUUCUGGGCUCAUGUGCUGGGGCUCCCAGGCCUGCAGGAUCCUUCUGGAGUGCUAGGCCAGGCAGGUGGGCUGCACCGUGGUGGGGAGGACCAGGCCUCCCAAGAAAGCUGGCCCCUAUAGGGAACCUCCCCCCACUACUGCCCUGGCCGUGGGGGAUGCUGCGCAGCCUGCUUAGCUCGCUGCCGCCGCAUCCUCACAAAAGCCUGGGCCUCGCGGUCCCCCUUGCGGCUCUCCAACAGCUGCAGGAUUGGGUCCCCUGUGAAGAGAGGGGCUUGGAGGUCAGACUCACAGGACCCCCCCAACCCAGGGCCUGGGUGGUAGUGAGGGACACAGCACUGCCCAUCCCCCAGCUGACCUGGCAAGUGGGUGGGCCCACCCCAGCCAGGCUCACAAGACCGCCUGACAAGGCUGAACACCCUCUUGGUCCCCUGGCACCACAGUGCUGGACCAGGUACACUGACCCACUUGUGGGGUGAGAGGUGACAACCGGCCUGUGGUUGUGACUGUCACAUUUUUGAGAACCUUAGGCUAUUUUUCUAACCUCUUUGUGCCUCAGUUUACUCCUAUGUAAAAUAGAGAUAAUACCUGCCUCGUUAGGUUGUUGCAGAACUGAGUCAACCUAUGUAAAGUGCUUAGGACUGGGCCGUAACUGGUGCACAAAAACAGAGGAUUACUAUUGUAGCACCUGGGGAGCGCUGUGCUGUGGUGUGUCCUGGUCAGAGACCCGGGUAAACCCUUGGGGGACCUUCCCUGGCCAGGGAAGUCACAUUACACUUUGCCUGGCUUAAAUUCCCGUCUCCUAAUUAGGCCAAAGCCACCGUGCUGGUUCCGCCAGCUUCCACCGCCAAGGAGGCCUUUUCUGACCCUGACUUUGCUUUUCUAGGGGCGCCCUGCCCGAGCCCCAACAGGGCCCCCCACCCUGCACCCUGUGCUGGGCCCGGCCCCACCCUUGUCCCAGGGCCUACCGCUGGGUGCGGGGUAGGUGAGGGGCAGGCGAGUCUGCGGCACCUCUUCGGGCUCCUCACUCCCAGGAAGGCCCGGCACUGAGCACAGGGGUAGAAAGGCCUCGCCUUCCAGGUCAUCGGCACCCAGCGUGUCAUGGUCCAGCACGGUGAGCAGGAGGCAUGCCCCCUCCUUUUGGCAUGGCUCUGCGGGCACCAGGCUGGGCAGGGGACACAGGCUCAGCUGCCUGCCCUGCUCACUGCCAUUCCUCCAGAUACAUGGGGAGAGGCCAGGGUGAGAGGAACCAGCCAAGGACGGAUGGGGAGCUGGCAUUCUUGGGCCAUAUGGUCUGACACCUGCUCUGACCACAGGCUGACUCUAAAACUGGGGUCCUGUGUCCCCAGGCUGCUCGUUGGAAUAGAGAGGAGCUCAGGGACAGGACCUUUCCCUGGGAGCCUCUUGAGUCCAACAUGCAGGCAUCCACCCCUCCCCCAGUAGUCCUGCUUGGCCUCCCAGGAGCAGGUUUGGCGCCUGUGCAAGCAAACGCUUGUCCCAGGUGCCCCCUCACUGGGGCCCAAAUGUGGUCCCCACCACAGGGGAGCAAGAGGAGCAGGGCUGGGGAUGCCAGGAGAGGGGAGGGGCUAGAAGAGGGCGUGGGAGUGCGGGCUGCUCACAAAUCAAAGGUCUCAUCAAACAGCGGGUGAAGGUCCUUCUUGUGCUUCUGGGUCUCCCGGGGGGCCAGCUCAGGGAACACGUGCCUGGGCUCCAAGGUCAGCUGCACAAAGGGGUCGCUGGAGCCUGGCAUGCAGCCCGGGGGAGGGGAUUGUAGAAGCCAUGCAGCACCUCCCCCUGCCACCCCACAGCACUGACCCCUCUCAGUGAUGGGGAGAUGCACCCAAUGCUCCAGCUGGCAGGGCAGCUGAGUCCCCGGGGGUGCUGGUGGCACGGGGGCCAGGCUGGGGAUUCGGGGGUGACCAGUUGGCAGCUUCCACUCACCGUUGGAGUCCAGGGGCAGCAGGCUGGAGGCGCUGAGCAGCUCAACGCGGAGCUUCUGCUCAGAGGCCUGGUAGGAAGCCUUGACUGUGACCACCCCCAGCUCCUCGGAGGUGGUUUCUGCCUGCAGUGGGGAGCAGGGGCAGUGUGGGCUUGGGCAGAGCUGAGUGCAGGUUGGGGCCCCUGCAGUAGGGUGUGACGGGAGGAGGGGUGCCUCACCUGCUGCUUGAGGCGGCUGCAGAAGUACUUCUGGAUGAGCUCCCGGCUGGAGGCCGCCUGCAGUGCCAGGUCCCUCUGCAGAGCCUGGGGAAGGGCACACCCAGGAAGUCACUGCAACUUUCUUGCUGAACCUUCAGGAGCCCACAGCCAAGGGGGAAACGCCAGUUUGAUACGGAAAGUGCUGGGUCUUAUGGGAUCAUAGGCAGGUGGACAAACCCUCAGGGAUGGCGAGGCAGACAGGCACAGGCAGGACCAACUUCAUGUACACUCGACCUGGGCGGCACAGGGCCCUUGUGCCUAGGAGGCCCUUACGCUUGGUUUAAGCACUCGGCUGCUAACUUAAAGUCAGCGGUUUAAACCCACCAGCCACUCCAAAGGAGGAAGAUGGGGCAGUCUGCUUUCGUAAAGGUUCAGCCUCGGAAAUCCUAUGGGACAGCUCUACUCUCUCCUUUAGGAUUGUUGAGUCGGAAUCAACUUGUUGGCAAUCAGUUUUUCACCGUUUUGAAAUUCUUAAUGGUUUUUGAGCCAGGGCCCUACAUUCUCAUUUUAUGCUGGGCCCCACAAUUAUGUUGCCAGUUCUGGCAGAGGUGAGCACACAAAGGUGGACUCCUCCCACCCCACCAGCUCACCUGGAAGGUGGCCGUGUGCAAGGCCUCAGGUGGCAGACCACAGCCCUCGGCAUGGAAGCAGAUCUCCAGGUUCUAGGUGGUAAGACAGCAGGGGUGACCGCAGGCUCUCUCCUACCACAGUUACUGUUGUUGCUGCUAUCCUUACCUGCAGAGCAAUCUUCAGCCUGUUCGCGGCCAGGGGGGAGCUCCGCUGGGAGGGGGCCACCUCCGCCAGCACUGUGAGCGUGUGCGUCCAGAGCAGAGUCAGAAGGCUGGGGCAAAGAGCAGACGAGUGGCCGGACACAGGACAGGAGGCCAGAGGAGGAAGCAGAGGUGCUCUUGAGAAAAGUGAGGCCUCAUGGAACCCAGCCCACCCCCAGUUCUUCCCUUUCACCAGUCCCGCCCUCCACCUGCACCUCCCCCUGCUUCACAGGCACGGGCUGGCUGGCAGGGGAUGGAGCGAGGACUAGUGUCCUAGGGGAAGGGGAGGCAAGCAGGGUACAGAUGGAGUCUGUCCUGUCCCACCUGCCUGUCCACCUAAGUGAAGAACCCUUCUCAAACCAGGGGGCAGAGAGGGCGGAGAGGCUGGUCCCCCAGAUGACACAAUCAUAACUCAAGGUGGGAGUGGCCAAAAUGAAUAAGAUUUCAAUGCUGGCCCAGUGGUUAAGAGCUCAGCUGCUAACCAAAAAGUCAGCAGUUCAAAUCCACAAGCCACUCUUGGAAACCCUAUGUGGGCAGUUCUGCUCUGUCCUUUAGGGUCACUAUGAGUUGGAAUCGACUCAGGAACUGAUUUUUUUUUUUAAUACCUUGGGAGAGACACUAAAACAGUGGCCAAGACCCAGUCCUAACAACUACCUGAAAUAACUGAAAUUCAACACGUACCAAAGUCAAGUCCGGCAGCUAAGCACAACAGAUAAAUGUAUUGUGUAAUUAAGGAGGAGGAAGGCCUGUGUUAAAACUAGUUUACUUGUUCAUUUAUUCAGCACCUCAAAGUGCCUGCUAUGUACCAGGAGUCCCUGGGUGGUACAAACGGUUCAUGUUCUUAAGCUGUUAACUGAAAGGUUGGAGGCUCGAGUUCACCCAGAGGUGCCUCAGAAGAAAGGCCUGGCAAUCUACUAAAAAAUCAGCCAUUGCAAAGCCUAUGGAGCACAGUUCUACUCUGACAUGGUGUUGCCAUGAGUCAGAAUCAAUUCGAUGGCAAUUUUUUCUUUUAAACGCACCAAGCACUGUUGUAAAGGCUUCUGAGACAGCACUAACCAAAAUUCCUGCCUCAUUGGGGAUCAGGUCCUGGUUUAUGUGAAGAAGAGCUGAACAAAUGGCAUAAUACGACCUAAAAAACAGAAGGUAGGCCAUGCCUACACCAAUGGGAGUAGAUCAGACGUCUAGGGAAGGAAGAGGCCAGCAGCCUUCCUCAGGCCCCCAUUCCAUUUAGAGGGUGAAUUGUCAUCAUCGUCAUCAAUGUACUUGUCAUUGGCCUUGUCCUUUGUACAAGCACUGUUCUCAGCACCUUACAAAACCAAAAAAAAAAAAACCAAACCUGUUGCCAUCGAGUCAAUUC